AUGCCACAACUCAAAGUCCUCAUCUGCGGCGCAGGGAUCGCAGGCAACGCCCUCGCAUUCUGGCUCUCAAAGCUCGGCCACGAGACCACCGUCAUCGAACGAUUCCCGAAGAUACGCGCCAGUGGCCUACAGGUCGACCUUCGCGGACCAGGCAUUGAAGUGAUGCGACGAAUGGGCCUGGAAGAAGCUUUCCGCGCUCGGUCCGUCCCGGAGCAAGGUUUACAGCUCGUCGAUGACAAGGAUAAAAGCUGGGGAUAUUUCCCUGCUAACCGCUCCGGGAGAGGAUUACAGAGCUUCACGACUGACUUUGAGAUUAUGAGAGGAGAUUUAUGUCAGCUUCUGUAUGAUGUUACGAAGGAUCGUGUCGAAUACCGCUUCGGGUUUUGCGUGAAGAAGCUAGCGCAGACGGAGGAUUAUGUUGAUGUCCUUUUCUCGGAUGAGGGAAGAGAGCGGUUCGAUCUUGUUGUAGGGGCGGAUGGAUCCGGGUCUCACACUCGGAAGAUGAUACUGGAUGCUGGUGCUAAAGACCCGGUUCAUCCACUUGGGGUGUAUGCUGGGUAUUUCACGAUCCAGAAGUCACUUCAACCUGGCGAGGGGUACAAUGCAACUGCUUUUAUUGCUCCCGGGAACAAAGGCAUCAUGACUCGCCGCGCCGAUCCCCAUAAAUACCAAGCAUAUCUGUUCUGUAACCCGAAUUCCUCUCACCGACUAAAUAGCGCGACCAAGGGCGACAUCGAAGACGAAAAGAAAGGAUUGGCAGAGGCCUUCUGUGGGGCUGGGUGGAAGACAAGCGAGAUUCUAAAAGGCCUAGUCGAUGCCGACGACUUCUACUGUGAGCGGAUGGGGGUUGUCACGAUGGACUAUUGGUCCCAAGGCCGCAUUGUGCUUGUUGGCGAUGCAGCUUACUGCCCGACCGCUAUGACGGGCAUGGGCACGACCUGUGGUAUGGCCGGCGCCUAUGUCCUCGCUGGCGAAAUUGGGAAGCACUGUGGCAAGGGCUUCAAGGGAGGGAUACCAGUUCCCAAAAAUAGUAUCACGGUUGCUCUGGCCGAGUAUGAGGGAAGGCUUAGACCGUUCAUCAAUACGGUCCAGAAAGGGUUAACAGACAACAAAAAUUACAUGGCUAAGUUUCCAUCAUCCCCUCUUGGCGUUCAGAUGGUUUACGUCCUCUUUUGGGUUGCAUCUUUGUUGAGGCUCGACUUUCUUGCCAAAUGGGUGUUGCGCGAAGAUACGAAGGGUUGGAAACUCCCGGAGUAUAAACUGAUGACCGAUUGUGCUUGCAACUGA